AUGCUCGCCAAGAGAGCAGCCAGCAUCGCUUCUUGCUCGACAUGUCGAUCCAAUUCGACUCGAGCGCUGUCGAGCACCAGCCAUCGCAUUAGCUCGAGCCGUCGACCUUCGCCCUCAUCCUCAACCGUCGCAGCGACAGCCUCGACCGCGGUAUGGAAGGGCAAGGCUAGGGCGAGUGAUGAGCUACUCAGCAGAUGGGCGAGCACCAACGCAGCCGGGGCAGCAGCAUCGACAUCGCCCAUACGAGCAGAGGCAGCGACCACAGCAGCCGCAGCCGCAGCGGAAUCGUCUUCGCACGCGCAAUCGCCCUCGGUCGUCUACGCCCACGACGACCUCCUGUCACGGACACCAGCGACAACAUCGACUGCGAAUCGGCGUCGUAAGUCGAAACGCCACGCCGACCCCAACAGGGCGCAGCAGGACUACUUUUUCCCCUCGUACCUGCAAGAGGAGGAGCCACCGCUGCUGCCGCCGUCUACCUCUCCGCUCGUCCCGCUCGCCAAUCCGAUCCCCAAGCCCCAUCCGCCGACGGUGCUCUCCAAUGGGUUACCCAACCCCGAAAUCCGAUGGAGGAGCAAAGCCAUCACCUCCGUCUCGGAUGACUGGGCCCUGUACAAGUCGCUCUCCAAGGCGCGGCUGUCGGCCUUCACCGUCCUGACCGCGAUGGCUGGUUACGCGAUGUGUCCCGUAGACCCAUCCACGACCACGGCAGCUAUGGAAGCCUUUGCCCAGUCCAUCGCCUCGACCGGCGUAUCGUUGCAAUCGCUGUCGUCGACCCCGACCACUGCGGCGCUAUCGUCCUCGCCCGCGAACGACCUGACCCUCUCGGUCCUCCUCCCGAUGACGGUCGGAACAGCGCUGUGUUCAGCUUCAGCGGCUUCGCUGAACGAGUUGAUCGAAGCACCCUAUGAUGCGCAAAUGGCUCGCACGCGUGCUCGCCCCCUCCCCAAACGUCAACUUACGCCAUUGCACGUCGCGACAUUUGGUGCCCUCACGGGUACGAUCGGCGUCGGCACCCUCUUCGCCGUCAACCCGCUCGCGGGCUCGAUCGGACUCGGCACAAUACUGCUCUACUGCCCACUCUACACGAUCGCGAAACGACACACCGUCUACAACACAUGGUUGGGAGCCAUCGUCGGUGCUCUCCCCCCCAUGAUCGGCUGGGCAGCAUGCACCUCCUCGAUCGCACCGACGACCCAACCAGGCGCGUGGGCCCUCUUCCUCGUCCUCUACGCAUGGCAAUUCCCGCACUUCAACUCGUUGGCCUACACCCUUCGGUCGGCGUACGCUUCAUCAGGAUACCGAAUGCUCGCCGUUCUCGACCCUGCCAAGAACGCCCUCGUCUCCCUGCGCUACUCCCUCGCUCUCCUCCCGAUCUGCUGGAGUUUCCCUCUCCUCGGCCUCACGAACCCUUGGUUCGCGUUUUUGGCGACGGUGCCGAAUGGGGCGAUGGCGUGGGCUGCGUGGAAGUUCUGGCGACACAAGGAGGAAAGGAACGCCAAGGUGUUGUUUUGGGCCAGUUUGGUGCAUCUGCCCGUUGUGCUCGGGAUGGCCAUGUUGUGCAAGAAGGGGUUAUGGGGAUCGAAUGAGGUGGAUGAAGAGGCAGUGGUCGUGAACGCGGAAUCCGAGGGGGAGCAGGCCGAUGAGGCUGCCAGAUUGGUUUGA